AUGGGCAAGGUAGCCAGUAAACUCAAUGAACAACUUUAUGUGGCAGGAAAAUGGAGGACACGGUAUUGUUUCUAUGAUUGUGUGCUAUGCGAGGUUUACUUUAGACGUUAUGUGCUGAAACCAAACUUCUUAAAGAGCCCGAAAGAACAAAAUAACUUGCUGGCUACAGCUGCGAACACCUAUCAGCGGACAAUUCGUCAUCAGUUCAAUUUGGCCAAAAAAGAGCGGAUCAUACUACCUGAUCAGACCCUACCACGCGAUUUCAAAUCAUGGGACCGUAAUCGGCCCGUAAGAGAAGUUUCGGAAUCUUCGGAGAGUACUACUAGCAAGCGAAUCCAAAUUUUAGCCAUUAUAGCCACCAUCGCACCCGGAGAAGACAUUGAUCGUUGGGAUGAAGUCGCAAGACGUGUGAAUGCGCUUACUGAUCAAAAUCCCACAUGGGGCGUGUAUAGCAACCUUUGGACUUUUUUCGAUGGUAAACACGGCUUAAGAUUUUAUCUAAGGUAUUUCGAUGCUCUCACGAAGAAGAUCGCUCGUGAUGAUAUCCCGACUUAUGAGCUAGUUCCACUGAUUUCUGAGAUUAAAAAGGAAAAAUUAGUUUAA